AUGAGUCGCGAUCCGUAUUCAUCACCACAGCCCCGAAGUUAUCAUGACGACGAAGCGAUGAGUAGUGCUAAAAAGGCCUUGAAUACCGAAGAUAAUGCUAAUGCUUUUGAAUUGAAGUCCUUUCAAGAGACCGGAAAAGAUUGGACGCCCUUUGAUCAAGAAACAAGUCCCACCUCGGCGCAAUGGGUUCUACUGCAGAGAUCAAACACUUUCAAAAGGAUGCUACGAUCUAUAUGGUAUGGGCCAGCAGAGCCAAGAGACGACCCGCCAAAUUUCCCCCAUCGCUGGUCAUUUACAUCGAAGCUUGAGAAUUUCCCCUGUGAGGUAUUCCAAAAACGGCUUUCCAAGAGUGUUAGAAUUCUGAUGUUGGUCGUUUAUUGCUGCAUUUGGGCAAGUUUAGCGGGCAGUAUUAUAUAUUACUACUCAGUUAAACCUCCGGUGUUUCAGGAACAUGACGGCAAAAAGAUCCCGAUAGUUACUUUGCAGUGUAAUUCACAACUAGGCUGGGCGGGGAAAAACAAUGCCUGUGGCCUUGAUGCCAAAGACUGCGUUACUGUGGGAGAUUACACUCCCGACGUUUAUUUCAGAUGCCCCUCACUAUGCGAUCAAGGAGCUUACACAUACGCAGCCAUUGCGGUUGGUGAUCAGCGCAUUAAGUAUCGACAAUAUGUCAUAGGCGGUGGGGAAAGAAAAGCGGAUGAGCUUUUAUCAUUUCCUUAUCGAGCAGACUCAUUUCCGUGCGGUGCAGCGGUUCAUGCUGGUAUCAUUUCUCCCUUCUUUGGCGGCAGCGCUCGAUUAUCAUUUAAUGGGAGUCAGACAAAUUUCCCUUCUCAGCGUGGGAGAUACCAAACAGAUGACUCUGUCGAGUUUGAUUCGCCCUUCCCAUCAUCUUUUAUCUUUAAGAAACCACCAAGUGGUACUAUGAGCGGCAUUUAUGACCCAAGAAUCCCUGUGUUGGCAGUGAACAUUUUGCUGAGUUUGCCUGUCUUUUACCUCACGGAAAGUAUUGUGGGCUACUGGAUUAUUUCCCUGGUUGGCUAUUGGACGCUCGUCAUGGCGUUAGAUCCCCCUUUUGUAGUCGAUCCGCAUAAUCCUGAUGAUUUUGCACAGUUGAUAAGUACCGCCUUUCAACGCAUGCUCCCAUUCUGUUUCAUACUAUAUGUGCUCUGGAAGUGCGCCAUUAGAAGGACUUUGAAAGAUGGCUCUCCGCUUGCCAAAUUGAUCUGUUGGCUGCCAUUAUUCUGGAUUGGCGUCAUGAACAAUGUAACAUUUGAUCGACUUCCCGUUGACCGCCUCGCGGUCGAAGAUUUAAAGCAGAUGGCCGGUGCUGCUGCUGCUGUGGGCGGUAUCAUUACUACGAUCGCGAUCUGUGCUGUCAUACAGGCUUACUCCAUUUGGAAAUCAGGGAGAUUCCGAAAAUAUCUGACAAUUUACGUUCUAAUCAUUCUGGCGCUCUCUUUGCUCGCAUCUUUGAGGGGACUAACCUUGAGGAUUCACCAUUACAUUCUAGGCUUGAUUUUGAUUCCAGGUUGCGCUACUCGAGGAACCAGUGCCUAUUUGUUUCAAGGAGUUUUGUUAGGUCUUGUCAUUUCGGGCAUUGGCCGUUGGGACUAUGCAAGCAUUGUUGAAACUAAGCAUACGCUUCUGCGUGGCGAAGCAGGUGAAUCCUCGGAUCCCCCGCAAAUGUUUUACAACACAGAGUCACCUCACAUGCUCGCAUGGCAAGCGAUUAAUAAUACCGGGCCGUCUUCGCCCGACCUUGAUGGAUACUCCCUACUCAUAAAUGAUGUUGAGCGAUAUGUCGGGAAAAAUACUACCGUUGACCUUGAUGUUUUGAUAGAACAGGACGUCGCUUUUUCAUCGUUGCUCAAGCAAGCUACCGACGAAAAGGAGCAGGUCAAGUUGUACCUAAGAGUUGCAAGGGCAAAUACAGAAAAAUCUACAGAACAACAUGGAGAUUACACAAGCGCAGCAGUUUUAACAUGGCCUAAUGGCCCUUGGAUUGAGUCCGCUAACGGUGUUACGAGAUAA